GGUUCUACAGGCCGGCCCAAGAGUGAGUCCGGAGGCUAAAGAAAGGCUGCCCAAAGCGUCAGCGGAAUGGGAGUGGGCCCUCCUCCGGCCCGGCGCCGCCCCCACACUCAGCGGGCGGGUUGGCAGGAGGCCGGGGUGCUCCUCCCACGCGGGGCCGGGCGCUUCGGGCCCAGCUGGCCAGGCUCUCCUUCCCCUUUCCCGGCAGCUCCUCUUCCGGGCUCUACGCCUGCGCCGAGCUGGGGACGCCACAAUACCCUGGAGUGGGACCCGCACCUGAGCUGGGAAAUGUUCAGCAUUUUAAAGCAGGAGGACAGACAAUUGGCCCCUUCCCCUGCUUUACCAUUGGGCACUGACCAUGGAGAGGGUCUGGGCAGGGAAUCCUCUGAGAAGAGAGAUGAGGAGCCUGCUGAUUUCUAUGGAUUGGGUGAUCCUGCUGCCAAGUUUUCCCAGAUAAGUCCGUACCUCUCUUCUCGAGGAAGCAUCAUCAAAUGUUUUCGGGAUGCAGCCGAGGAAGGUUAUAAGGCCUACCACUUGGAUGAGUAUGAUGAAGACAAGAACCCUAACGGAAUCAUUAACCUUGGGACCAGUGAAAACAAGCUCUGUUUUGACCUGCUGUCCAGCCGGCUGAAUCAGAGGGACAUGCAACACAUUGAGCCUCCCAUGCUGCAGUAUCCCGACUGGAAAGGACACAGGUGGCUUCGGGAUGAGGUGGCUGGGUUCCUGACCUACUACUGCAAGGCCCCUGUUCCGCUCAAGCCAGAGAAUGUGGUAGUGGUGAAUGGUUGCGCCUCCCUCUUCUCUGCCUUGGCUACAGUCCUGUGUAAUCCAGGGGAGGCUUUUCUGAUCUCCAGCCCUUAUUAUGGGGCCAUCACUCAACACGUAUAUCUCUAUGGGAAUGUUCGACUGGUUUAUGCUCAUCUGGAUAGCAGGGUCACUGAGAUGGACGGUCGCCCCUUCCAACUUACAGUCAGGAAGCUGGAGAUAGCCCUUCAGGGAGCCAAGUCUGAGGGAAUUAAUGUCAGAGGUCUCAUUCUCAUCAACCCCCAUAACCCUCUGGGAGACAUCUACUCUCAGGAACAGCUGCAGGAGUACUUGGACUUUGCAAAGAGGCAUGAGCUUCAUGUGAUAGUGGAUGAGAUAUACAUGUUGUCAGUUUUUGACGAGUCCGCCAUGUUCCAAAGUGUCCUAAGCAUGGACAGGCUUCCUGAUCCCCAGAAGACCCAUGUGAUAUGGGGGACCAGCAAGGACUUUGGGAUCUCAGGCGUGCGCUUUGCCACCCUCUAUACCGAGAAUCAGGACAUAGCCAAUGCCGUGGCCUCCCUUGGUUGUCUGCAUGGCGUCUGUGGUACUACCCAGUACCAGAUGGCACAGCUGCUUCGGGACCGAGAUUGGAUCAACCAGGUAUACCUGUCCGAAAACCAUUCCCGGCUUAGGGCUGCCCACGCCUACGUCACAGAGGAGCUGGAGACAUUGGGCGUCCCCUUCCUCAGGACCAAAGCUGGUUUCUUUGUCUGGAUAGACCUGAGAAAAUACUUGCAUACAGAUACCUUUGAGGAGGAGUUCUCCUUGUGGCGCCGUUUCCUGGACCACAAGGUACUUCUGUCCUGUGGAAAGGCCUUUGAGUGCAAGGAACCUGGCUGGUUCCGCCUGGUCUUCUCUGACAAGAUUCACAGACUGCGGCUGGGCAUGCAGCGAAUCCGGGAGGUGCUUGGGAAGGAGCCCCAAGUGGCCAAGACCCCUUCCCCUGCCAGCCCCUGGAGAAGAGCAUUCAGUCGAGGUGAGGCGGCCUCUGACUCAGAGCCCAAGAAUCUGGUUGUCUGACAGGCCACAGAAGAGCAAGUGUAACAGAGCAGUUUAUCAGAGGCAGCCUCGGUAACCCGGGAGAGAGACUGUACUUCAGACUGUUGGCAGACCAUGUAUGAUUCUCCCCCUAUUUCUCCUUCUGCUCAAGCAGAAUGGGCAGGAAACUACCUGGAAAAGCAGGCUUCCGCUCCUCUCCCAAGGAGUCCUCAGCCCCUUCUUGCCCCUUCACUUAAAAGUGAAAUAAAGGCUUUCUCUUUGAGAGCCUAAUUGUUUUCCCUGUCAUUCAGUCAGAAAGCUGAUUGCUCUAUGCUGGGCUCUGUGCCAGGUACUGGGGGCACAGAGACAAAACCAAACGAACCCUGCUCCUUUCAAUUCCAUUGGGAAGACAAGCUGUACACAUGUCAGAACUGGGACUGGGAACUGGAAGAAGGUGGCCCUGGUGAGGAGCUGCCUCUGCCACUGCGGGCCAGAAAUCUCUCAGCAACUCAUAAUCUUGGAGAGUCACCCAGAAUACUUUGAGGACAAAGAACUUGUCCAGACUCACAGCUGAGAUGUAUCAGAGGCAAGAUUUGGAUACUCUGUCCUGACUCUGAGACCAGCUUUCAAAUACAUUUUUAUCGAUGACUUUUGUUUUUAUAUUGCCUCAAUUUCUUCUUGUAUACACUCCUCUGCCCCACUCUCAGCCAUCUCAUACACCAACCAACUGGAGAUCAACUUCCUACCCACUGAGAUAGAUUUCCUGCUUAUUCCAGCAGAUGGAGCCUUUGACUUUUUUUGGUUGUUGUUUUUGUUUUUUGGUUAAGGCAAUUGGGGUUAAAUGACUUGCCCAGGGUCACACAGGA